GCCGGCCCGGCCAUGUACGCGGGCCGCAGGAGGAGGAAGCCGGUGCCGCGGGCGACGCGGCCGGGCCCGGCCGAAGGCGGCGGCUCCAACCCGUCCAAGCGGCACCGGGAGCGGCUGAACCGGGAGCUGGAGCGGCUGGCGGGGCUGCUGCCCUUCCCGCCCGACGUGGUGGCCGGGCUGGACAAGCUCUCGGUGCUCCGCCUCAGCGCCGGCUUCCUGCGCGCCAGGAGCUUCUUGGGCGUUGCUCUGAAGAAUCCUGGUGCCAAGGAAGCCCAGAGGGAUGGAACCUGUGGCACUGGACCAGCUCUGGGCUCAGCAGCAGUUCCAGAGGGUGAGCUGCUCCUACAGGCACUCAAUGGCUUUGUGCUGGUGGUGACAUCAGAAGGGCUGAUAUUUUACUCCUCGCAUACAAUCCAGGACUAUCUGGGAUUUCACCAGACAGAUGUCAUGCACCAGAGUGUCUUCGAGCUGAUCCACACCGAGGACCAGCCGGAGUUCAGGCGCAACCUCCGCUGGGCCCUGGACGCUGGUGAGCCCUCUGCAGCAGCAGGGAAGAGUCUUAGCUCUUCUGCUGUCAUCUACGAGCCGGAUCAGCUGCCCCCAGAAAACUCCUCCUUCCUGGAGAGGAGCUUUGUGUGCCGCUUUCGCUGCCUCCUGGAUAAUUCCUCCGGCUUCCUGGCUUUGAACCUUCAAGGCAGGCUGAAAUUCCUUCAUGGGCAGAAUGAAAGGUCUGAAGAUGGCUCUGUCCUGCCCCCCCAGCUCGCUCUGUUUGCCAUCUCCACGCCCCUGCAGCCGCCGUCCAUCCUGCAGAUCCGAACCAAGAACAUGAUCUUCAGGACCAAGCACAAGCUGGACUUCACCCCCUUGGCGUGUGAUGCCAAGGGGAAGAUCAUCCUGGGCUACACCGAGGCGGAGCUGCGGAUGUGUGGCACGGGGUACCAGUUUGUCCACGCUGCUGACAUGCUGUACUGUGCUGAGAACCAUGUCAGGAUGAUGCAGACAGGCGAGAGCGGGCUGACCGUGUUCCGGCUGCUGACCAAGGACAAGCGCUGGAAGUGGGUGCAGGCCAACGCCCGGCUGGUCUACAAGAACGGCAAACCCGAGUACAUCGUGGUCACACAGAGACCCCUCGUAGAUGAAGAAGGAGGAGAGCACCUUCGGAAGCGGUCCAUGCAUCUUCCCUUCACCUUUGCUACAGGAGAGGCACUUCUAUACCAAAGUACUCAUCCUCUCCCAGGCUUCCCUGACCUUUUCCAGAGCAAAGGGAAGCUCAGCAAGUCCAAGAAGCCCUCCUGCAGCCACGUAGGGCGCUCCCAGAAGAAUGGCAUUGACCCCAGGUCUCUGCUGGGUGCUGUGAUGCAGCAGGACAAGGCGGUGUACGCCUCCCACUCAGCUCCCAUUCCGAGCCCUUCCUUCAGCAGCACUUCCCAGCUCAAGGGUGUGUCCUUGCCAGGUGCAGGAGGGGAUACCUGGAGUAUGGGCACAGCUCCAGCUUCUUCAAGGGGCAACAGCCUCCAAGAGAAACUGCUGGAUUUGCAGCAGGAGGACCCUCUCUUGGCCACCAUGGACUUGCUCUCAAUUAAGAGUGACCAGAGCUGUUCCAACGAGCUCUUCAGUGCUCUGGAGGGCCUGGGCUUGAAGGCUGAGGACCUGGAGCUCCUGCUGCUGGAUGAGAAAAUGGUGAUGGUCAGUACGGACCCAGACCAGUCCCCAUCCCUGAAUAACAGCCUGGCCAGCAACCAGAUUCUCUCCUGUGUCCCCAGGCCUCCAGUGGAUGGGCAUGAGGGAGGGCAGCAGGUCUGUCCCCUGCCAGACAGGCCCCCCAGCCCGCAGGGAGGCCCUGCUCCAUGCCACAUGGAGAAUGAAGACUCGAGGUGCCACCUGGCACAGCAUCCAGGGCAGCCUCACACUGCCCUGGCCCAGCCCCUCACACUGCUGUGGGAGCAGCCCCUCAGUGCUGUGCCAGGGCUGCUCCCACAGCUGGCUGAGCAGGAAGAGCUGUCCAGUGGCUCCCAGUGGAGACCAGCUGGGGAGGAGACUGUGCUCCACUCCUUCCAGCCAGUGCAGAGCACCCCAUGGCACAGGACCCCCAGCUCAGCCCCGGGAGCUCCCUGCCUGCAGGAGCCACCCGGGGCCCAGCAGCUGCAGGGAGACUUCUCAGUCGUGCAGCCCCUCCAAGAGGAUGUCCAGCAGUCCUUCCCCCUGCCCAGCCAGUGCCAGGAGCACAUGGCACCACCCAGCCAGCCCAGGCACCGUCACUUGCUGAUGAACGGGGUGUGUGGCCCCUGCCCCAGCUCUUCUCCACACGCCAGCCCUUGGCAGGACUGGGUCUGCCCUCUGCUGCGGGCUCCAGCUCAGCCUGGCCUUCUUGGCCUCAGCAGAGACGGCAUCUCCCAGCCCCAGGGCUGCCAGGGCCCCGGGCCUAGCCUGCCCCCACAGCAGUUUAACCUGGAUGGAUUGUGCAGCCUGGAUGCUGCCAGCACUGGGGACUCCUCCUGGGAAGAGAUGGCUCCAUAUCCCAGGUUUCUUCCCCCUUUCUACCAGCUGGUUCCCGAAAAGCAGCUGGGCUCUGUUCUUUCCGUGCCCCAGCACUCCUCCCCCAGCUCAGCUGCAGGGCACUUUGGGAGCAUCAGCAGCCCUCUGGAGACACUGAAUUCCUAUGGGACACGUGGCUCUGCGCGGAGCCAGGAGGGCAGGCACAGGCCCCACAGCGGCUCUGGUUUGCCCAGCUCUCCCACGGGACUGCCCCAAGACCAUCCAGUGCUGGGGGGAAGCCUGGCACUGCCCUGCCAGCCUCAGCCCCGGGCAGAAGUGCUGCCAGAUCCCCCUCACACCUCCAGGGGGGACUUCUAUCUCUAG